GUUCACCGUGACGUAUCGGAACACCGCCCUUUCUCCACUCUUGCGAUAUUUCUCUCGUCAUCUUCUUCUUUCACAUCUGUGCUUAUACCACAGUGAGAGGAAGAGAGAGUUUCCUAAAAAUGGCCAACGAAGACACUCACACCGAUGACUUAGACGAGCUUCUCGACAGCGCCUUGGAUGAUUUCAAGGAUCUCAAUCUUACUCAAAGAGAUGAAGUGGUGAAGAAAGAAGAUAGUGGAAAAGAAGAGAUUGAGGCAUUGCCUAGUGGGGUUCAAGGUCUUGGAAUGGGAUUACCUGAUAUGAGAACCAAGAAAAAGGGAAAAAACAAGGUUUCUAAAGAGGACCAUGUUGCUGAGGCUCUUGAUAAACUCAGGGAACAAACUAGAGAAACUGUCAAAGGGCUUGAGUCCUUGUCUUCCAAGCAGCUUCAGCCGCCGCCUGGUUCUUCUGAUGAUGCUUUGGUUGAAGAUUGGAUCAAACAAUUCGAGGAUCUUAGUGGAUCUCAGGACUUGGAAUCAAUAGUGGACACGAUGAUGCAACAGCUGUUAUCCAAGGAUAUUCUUCACGAACCAAUGAAAGAGAUAGGCGCAAGAUACCCGAAAUGGCUAGAAGAGCAUGAAAGCAGUCUAAGCAAAGAAGAUUUCGAACGUUAUUCGCGCCAAUAUGAACUGAUCAAGGAACUCAACUUGGUGUACGAGAACGAACCAAACAAUUCGACCAAGAUUAUGGAGAUAAUGCAGAAGAUGCAAGAGUGUGGACAACCACCGAGUGAUAUAGUGCAAGAGAUGGAUCCUGGUUUUGAUUUCGCUAGUCUAGGACAAAUGUCUCCUGAUAUGCUUGAGUCUUCACCAAAUUGUUGUGUAAUGUGAUAGUGGAAACAGGUUUGUUGGGCCUGGUCAAGCCAUUUGAUACCAUGUUUUUUGUGUCCUUCUCUCUUGUGCAUUGUGCAAUGCAAAGCUUGUGUUUAGGUAUUAAAUUAAAAAUUGAGUGCUUAGUUAUUUUAUAUUGGGAUCAGUUCAGGUUCUUUUGGAUUGUUUGAUUUGAUAAUAAUGUUACUCUUAUUGAAAAAAAGUGAAUUCAUAAGAGAGAUUAUUGUAGAACAAAAGUCAAGCUUUAUAACAGAUAAUAUAUCCAUAACUUUG